AUGAACGACGAAACAUGCGCCUUCUGUCUCGGUGGCCUGCUGGAAAUCCCUCCUUUUGGUACAAUCAAAGACGCAGAAGACUUGUUCAGGCCUUGCUCCACUUGCUCGUUGGUAGCACACAGAAAGUGUCUUUUAGACUGGUUUAACAGCAUUCCACCUUCCAAACUCACGCGCUCCCACGGCAAUGUGUUCGAUGCUGACAAUGUCGAGCGCUCUACCUACACCGCUAGCCCCGCCACAAGCGUCACCGAGGACCCUGACGAAGAUACCGAUAACGAGCCGAAUAUCAUCAACGUCACGUUCCAGUCGCCUUGGAUGUCGUCCGUUGGACUCUUUGUCAGAGACCCCGAUUAUCAUGUCCAUGCGGCAUUGGCAGACUCGCGCUCCGUGUUUUUACUGACAUCGUGUCCACAGUGUAAAAGCAAGAUCACAUUUUGUAUGAAACGUCUGGCGUUCUUAGGCUUCAAUUCACUCGUGAGGGCUUCUGUAUCUGAUUUGGUCCAGUACUCAGGUGUUUUCAUAGGUAUCUCGGGUGCCGCCACAGGUAUUGUCACUAUGGGUUACGUGGGACUUGCUCGUUGUGGAAUCAACAUGUUGGAUGCUCUCAUGCCGUCGUCAUUACUCUUUCCACUUUUGAGCAAGAAGAAGUCUAUCGUGGGCGCAAGCUCGUUGAUAUUCCCGUCCCCGGAAAAACUAGACCGUGCUUUGAAUCUUGUAGACCAGCUCAAGUUUCAGCACAUUCCACUUUUACCUGUGAUGUUGUAUCGUAUGCGUCAUCUGCUGAUAUUUUCGUGCUUCUUCAAUAACACAGCACGCACUGCACUCUCCAACUGGGGUGGAGAGUUCUUGAUUUGCAAUUAUCUAUCCUCGCUAGGAAACCAUGUUUUUGUCAAGAACAUCUACCUGAAUUUGAAACUCUACUUCUGGCAAAUUCUCAAGAGCCCAACUGCAGCCAAAUCGUACCGCCUCGGCCAAAUCAUAAAGAACAUUAACUGGUGGGAUCCAAAUGUCAUGGUUGGCGCUCUCAUUCCGGCAAGAUGGAUCUACGACUUCAUAUUCCGUUUCACAUUCAACAGACUCCAUUUCAACUUAACUGCAAAGAUCAGACCGAGGGACAUUGCAAACAGCUUGAGCAAAGAUGCAUUGUAUCGCUUGGAGACUUUAGAGGGUGACCUAGGUGCCACCCACUUCGAAUUCCGUAAAAGAGCCAAAAUGGCUGACAAGACCGCUUAUACCUUCAAACCACUCCAAUUCCUCUCAAGCAAGUUCAAGUUUCUUGGUCUUCUCCUUAAAGACGACUUGGUGUUUAGGUACCUUCGUCUCAAGCUUUUGGUGUUUCUCUACAAGUCGGACGCAUGUUUGAGAAGAGACUUUUCCACUUCUCUUUUAUACAACCUGGCCAUAGUGACCAGUGUAACCACCGUAAUCUGGCCAUUUUUAGCUUCAGACUUUGGCAAGUUGAUUUACAGGCUUGUGUUACUGAAAAUUCUGGCUCUAGAUUCUGUGGAUAAAGACAAGGUGAUCUUUCUCUCAAAUCUAUUGGGAUUGUUUGGUGUGGCUAUUGUCAAGGACGUUUACAACCUCAUUAUGGCUUGGAGAAAGGCUAGACAAUUAUCUGAAAUGGCAAUUGUGUACCCCAGACCCAACACUCCCCCACAACAACCUACUGCGAGCUUUCCUGGCUCUUAUUUGGUCUCUGAAACAAACUGA